AUGUCUGUAGAGGGCAUCUCUAACCUAAGUAGAAGAACUAAACGUGAUCGAGGGAUAGGUCGCAGCGAUCCACCAUGGCCUUCUCAAUCAUGCAUUGAUCCACCACCACCACCAGCAACACAUACUUCGAUUUCCCCAGGUAUGAAGAAUGACAAGAACAGAAUGCAAAAGAAAGGACUGGUUAGGGGGCUUGAUGCAUUAAACAAUAAGCAGAAAUUUACUGCUGUUAGUUCUGGAGAGAGUGAUGAAUAUUCUGACUACGAUGAUGGUGAAGAUGAAGAGAUGCAGCUCAUGGGGGAGAUAUUUAUUGAACAACAACCACUCAGACAACAAGUAGCUGACACAAAUAAUGUGAAACAAUAUAAUGGAGGCAAUUCCGUAGUCUCCGACCAUGGGAGCAUGGGCAGUGCUUCUUCAGAUUCUGUCCCACACUCUAGUAAUCCACCAGCUAAAGACCCAACUUCAGUGCCUUUGAGAAGAUCUCGUGUAGAAAUUGAUAGAAGAAAAGUUAUAUCUAUCGAGGACAACCCAAACCCGAGGAGGUUUGUUCCCCAAAGUGUUACCCGUGAUAUUAUAUCUACCGUGAUUGCGCGGAUGCCUAUUCCAGCUGCAAAGUGGAGAGAAUAUCCAAUUGAAAUGAAAGAUGAGUUAUUUAAGGACUUCAUGGGUAAAUAUAAGUUUGCAUCAGAUUCUGAACGUAGUAUUGCAAGAAUGGUGUGGGAAAGAACAUGCCUGGACCGCUAUUCUGAUCAUUUAAAAAAUGCAAGAAAAGUGGCCUUACGGCAAGUGAACUCAACGAACUUGGCCGAUACUAAGGGCCAUGGGCCAAAAGGGCUGAAGCCAGAAGUAUGGAAUGGUUUAGUCGAUAUAUGGUUGAAACCAGAGUGGACGAAGAGGUCUGAUGCUAAUCGAUGUAAUAGAGCUUCCAAACCUGAUUCAGUCUUGCACACUGGAGGCUCGAUAAGCUUUACCGAACAUAAGAAGAGGCUGGAGGAAGAGUUGAAGCAAGGAGUUUCAUAUAGAGAUGUUUACGCUCAUGUUCAUAAAAGGAAAGAUGGGGAAUAUGUCUCUCGGCGCUCAGAGAAAUUUAUUGAGUUAUAUGACACCAUAAUGUUGGAAAAGUAUGGAGAAGACUCUUCCAAUCAUCCAGUGUUUGAUCCAAAAGUGUGGGCAGAGGUGUCAGGUAUGAAUAAGAAGAGGCGAGCUUAUGAAGGUCGUAGCUACGAUGUUGACACUCCCGGACCUAUGCCUAUUUCAUAUCCACACGACAUUGGUCCGUCACACACUGCAGCUCCGAAACCAACAGAAGAAUAUAUUAAGGAGGCUGUAAAUACAGCGAUGGCUUCUUUUGUGCAAACACAAUUGGCACCUAUGUUGCAGCCCAUCCUAUCUAUGAUCGGUGGCUCCAUACGACAAGCAUUAUCGCAAGGUAGAGUAGCUGACAGAGAUGGCGAGGAUGAACGAUGA